AUGGCUGUUCUACAGACCUCCAUCGCGAUUUUCGUCGCCCAUAUCAUCCUUUUGCUUGGCUUGCCAGGCUCUUUGGUCGCAGCUGCGCCAGUCGCCGCCCCAGUUUCUCUGGUCAAUAAUGUGUUGGCGACAACUGAGAAGAGAUCUGCCGCUUCAAGCUACUGGGUCGCCAAUGUAGAGCGCCAGGGUGUCAUCCCCUUCGCCAAUACACCUGAUUACAAGAUCUUCAGAAAUGUAAAGGACUAUGGUGCUAAGGGCGACGGGUCCACGGACGACACUGUCGCGAUCAACAAGGCAAUUUCUUCUGGAGGCCGCUGUGGUAAGGGUUGUGAUUCCUCUACCACAACUCCCGCUAUUGUCUACUUCCCGCCAGGUACCUAUGUUGUCUCAAAGCCCAUCCUCCAGUUCUACUACACUCAGAUCGUCGGUGAUGCUGUCGAACUGCCCAUCAUCAAGGCCUCCGCCAAAUUCACAGGUAUGGCUGUGAUUGAUUCAGAUCCAUACGAGGACAACGGCGACAAUUGGUUCACCAACCAGAACAACUUCUUCCGGGCUAUUCGUAACUUGGUCAUUGACCUGACCAGCGUCCCCGCUGGCUCUGGCGCUGGUAUCCAUUGGCAAGUCGGCCAGGCUACUAGCUUGCAGAACAUUCGCUUCGAGAUGGUCAAGGGUGGUGGUCAGGCCAAUAAGCAGCAGGGUAUCUUUAUGGACAACGGAUCCGGUGGUUUCAUGUCCGACUUGACUUUCAACGGCGGUAACUACGGCAUGUUCCUUGGUAACCAACAAUUCACCACCCGCAACUUGGUCUUCAACGACUGCCAGACUGCUAUCUUCAUGAACUGGAAUUGGGCCUGGACUUUUAAGUCCCUCAAGAUCAACAACUGCGAGAUUGGACUGAACAUGUCUACCUCGCCUUCCAACCAGACUGUUGGCUCUGUGUUGAUGCUGGACAGCAAGCUAACCAACACCCCCACUGGUAUCGUGACUGCGUGGACCCAGGAGAGCAUUCCCAUCGGUGGUGGUGACCUUAUCUUGGAUAACGUGGACUUCUCUGGCUCCAAGGUCGCUGUGGCUGGUGUUAAUGGCAACACUAUCCUGGCAGGUGGCUCUGUCGUCGCCAACUGGAUUCAGGGUAAUACUUACACCCCGUCCAGAACUAUUCACAAGCGUGCCAGCGAGCCUCAGCCUGAGCUGGUCACCGUUGUCCAGACCGUUACGGAGACUGUACUUGCCUGUUCAGCCUCAAACGGCCUUCCUAGCGCUAGCCUUGCGGGCGGCGAGGCUCCUGCCCCUGCGAAGACUUCAUCCCUUGAAUCUGCCCCCGCUCCUUCUCCCGCCCCGGGUCCUGGUAUCAGCAGCGACACCGAUCGUUUUCCUGGGCCUUCUUCUCCCACUGGGAUCCCCGGGCUGAAUUCUGUGUUCUCUCUCCUGGCUGGAUGGUCUUCUGAGGCCUUCGAAGUCCCCGAGCCCACUCCCGCAGCUGCUCCUUCCAGUGAAGCCCCUGCAACUUCCGCAGUGCCGAUUAGUUCUUCGCACCCCAGUGCACUCUCUACCCACCAACCUGCUGUGCCCGCCGCCUCCACUGUUGCGUCUGCUACAAGUUCUGCCAGCGGCUCUGAAAUUAGCCAGGGCCCCGAGUCUGAUAGUGAUGGCGACUUUGGCUUUUGCCCAGGCGCACGCCCCGUCGGCUCUGCCCACACACAGAGCAUUAUGAGGACUGCUUCCAAGCCCGCUGGUCUGCUCAACGGGGGCGCUAUCUUCGAACGCUCCAAGCCACUGUAUGAGGACCUCCCAGCCUCCUCUUUUAUCAGCGUCAAGUCUGCCGGCGCCAAGGGUGACGGAACCACUGAUGACACCGCGGCCAUCCAGAAGAUCUUUGAUAGCUACAAGGAUGGCCAGGUCAUUUACUUCGAUCACGGUGCCUACGUUAUUACCUCUACCAUCAAGGUUCCCAAGGACAUCAAGAUCACUGGUGAGAUCUGGCCCAUGCUCAUGGCACAUGGCGAGAAGUUUGCCAACCAAGCGAAACCUGUUCCUGUCUUCCAGGUUGGCCAACGGGGUGAAACUGGCUCUGUCGAGAUGAGCGACCUCAUUAUCACCACAAAGGGUCCCGCCCCUGGCGCAAUCCUCAUGGAGUGGAACGUUGCUGGAUCUUCUCAAGGUUCCGCUGGUAUGUGGGAUGUUCACUUCCGCAUUGGUGGCGCAGCUGGCACCGAGUUGCAGAGCGACACCUGCCCCAAGACCCCUAAGGAGGAGACCACACCCAAGAAGGAGUGCAUGGCUGCCUUUAUGCUCCUGCACAUUACCCGAACGGCCAGUGCCUAUCUCGAGAACACCUGGUUCUGGACUGCCGAUCACGAGCUGGAUCUCAAGGACCACAACCAGAUAAAUGUCUACACCGGUCGCGGUGUGCUCAUCGAGUCGCAAAAUCCCGUUUGGCUGUGGGGUACCUCAUCGGAGCACCACCAGCUGUACAACUACCAGGUCUCAACUGCGAAGAACGUCUUCAUGGGCCUGAUUCAAUCUGAGACUCCGUACUACCAGUCAAACCCGAACUCACUGACCCCAUUCACCCCACAACGCUUCUGGAACGACCCUGAGUUCUGGAACUGUAAGACAAACUCUUGCCGCAAGGCCUGGGGUUUGCGUGUACUACGCUCCUCGGAAGUCUUCGUCUACGGUGCAGGUCUCUACAGCUUCUUCGAGAAUUAUGCUCAAUCCUGCCUCAACUCCGAGGACUGCCAAGAGAAUAUGGUCGAGGUCGAUUGUUCGGAUGUCAAGCUGUAUGGCCUUAGCACAAAGGCCGCUGUCAACAUGGUUACCUCAAACAGAGGCAGGCCUCUAGUCCCCGCCAAGCCAAACAACAGCAAUUACUGUUCUACCAUUGCUCUCUUUGAACAGCUCGUCUAG